UGCUUCUUCUGGAGUAGGCGGGCGUAACCAGGCGGAAUCCGGAAGCGCCGGCGCUAGUCGGGCCCCCGCUUUUGGACAUGUCUGAACGCCGGAGACAAGUGUUUGUGGAAAAAGUGCUGAAGAAACUUUUUCCUAAUGUUUCAAGUAGUCAAGAAAAGGAGACACCUGGGACUCUGACCUCAGAAACACCACUCAAGAAAGUGACGUCUGAGGGAGUGAAAUACAAGCAUGUUCAUCAUUUGACAGAUGGCAGUGACAUUAAGGCCCAGCCACAUCGCCACCUCUAUACUGUGAGUUUGCCUCCUGAGGGCCAUGUGCCCUUCUGCCCAGCGCCCAGCACCGGUGCUGAUUCUGAGACGGCCUGCAGUGCUGAUGAUGCAGAAGAAGCCCUUCGCUUUUCUUCGGACAGACGGGACCUCUUGCUGUCCCGAGGGCCUGAGUUGGAGCAGUUGCCCAGUCAAAAGGGAGAUCAGGAUCCUCAUGAUCAACCAAAGAAAAGAAUUAGAAAACAUAAACUGAAGAAAAAAUUUAAAAAUUCCAAUAAUGUUCGUGUAGACCAAGCAGAAUUAGAGGAACAGCAGAGCCUUUUACAAGAAAAAUUACAGCCACAGCACACAGAUGGCCCUACAAUAAGCAAAAAUAGGAAAAGGAAGCUGAAAAAGAAACAGCAAAUUAGAAGGAAGAAAGCUGCUGGCUUAGUCACCAAGGCCUUCAGUGCCAGCUUUACGUAUCAACCUGAGGAGAAUGGCAGUGAGCAGGAAGAUGUCCCUGGGGCUGCUGGAGAUGGGGGCCCCCGCGCCAUGGAGGAGGCCAGAGGGGAGGCCAUCACGGAGCACAACACAGCCCCCUCUCAGGAAGACGAGGAGAUCGCCAACAGGAAGGCCGGCGGAAUCCUGAACUUUUUGAAGUUGAUGCAAGAAAUGUAUUUCUAUGAUGGUGUCUCCAAAGACAUGGAUUCAGCUGUCCGUGUGGAAACUGCUGAAGAGCUGCUGCGCUGUCUAGAGUCUCACCGCAUGGCUCCCUCAGAUGUGCUCAUUCUGGACCACAUGAAAACGCUGCUGCUGCUGCACGACACAGCGAGACUGCAGCGUGCCCUGGAGCUGCUCCCGGAGCACUGCGAGAUGCCUCUCGGCUUGGUGUGCUCUCUCCAUGACUGACAGCUGCAGAAGUAGCAGAUUCUUUGUGAAUGAGAUCCUGGAGCUUCCCAGUUGUAAACCUGACAUUCAAGCAGAACCUGGCUCAUGGCUACAGUUCUCCAGGAAGCCAGGGAAUUAUUGGGGAGUAAUGUCAGAAAUGCUCUGGCUCUUGCUGUCAUGGUGGAGCCCUGGCCCUCAUGAAAGCUGAAUGCUGUGUAACCCAUCACAUCUCACUUAAAUUCUAAUCACCUUCCAGUUGUCUGCCAUUGAUAUGAAAUUGUAUUUCAUUUUCAUUUCAAGCUGUAUAUGGCUUUCUUUCAGAUCAGAUUUUAAAUCUACGGUAUUGUAGGUUAUAGUACUAUGAUAGUAUAAUGUUCAGGCCCAGUAGAACUUGAGAACACAGAUAAACUACAAAUAUUCUGAAUUGCCCUACCACUUUGUCAUAUUUCCAACAUGAUGGAUGAUUCAUAAGUUGUGUUGUGUGACUAGCAACAUCAUUUUUAUACCAGGGUUGCAUUGCACUAGAUUACAAGGGGCUGAUCAAAAACUACAGUAUGUGUUUAAAUUUUUUAAAAAAGAUAAAUUGCAUUAAUCCCCCUCAAAAUAGUUCCCUUUGCGUCAAACACAUUUAUGCCAUCAUUCUUGCCAGGCUCUGAAAGCAGUUCUGGAGCCUUCCUCAGAGAUGUGAUCAAAAAUAAGCGAAUGCUGCUACCUCAUGCCAUGCAACAGAAAAACAGGCUCAUAAAAAGAUGCCAGUGUGUCCUCAUCCACCUUAUUCACCAGAUCUGGCACUUUGCGACUCUGGCUCUUCACCAAAGUUAAAAUGACCUUGAAAAGUGAAGGUGAACAUUUUGAAUCAAUUCAGGAUGUCAGGGCAGCCAGGACAGUGCAAC